ACACACACACAAAGAGAGACAAAGAGCAGCGGAGCCGUUGCUCGGGCUACACACAGAGUGGCUGUCCGUCCGUCCGUCCAUCCGUCCGUCCACCCGCCCUGGUCCCCGCUGUGGAUUUACUCUCCGGAGCGGAACGAGGAUUAAUUUUGCCCGCUGUGGGUCUCGCGCUCUCGGUGCACCAGGCAGGCAGGAUUCGAGGACAGGAGGACGUCCCACAGACCCUCUGGACUAACAGGCAGCUUGUUGUUCGAGGCGCCGCCAGGAACGAGCACGAUUCUGGAUAAAUGGUUUUCGGGAAGGACGACUGGAUAUCCAUAACCUGGUUCGGAUAACGUCAAAGGGGGAAUUGUGCCGCGUUCGCCAGCUAAGGGAUCGAUCCCGUGGAAGUUUCUGGAGAGCAGGCCGAGGCCGGAUUUGCCAUUUGUUGCCGAGCAGCAUGAGGUAUCUCCCCGAGAGGAGGCCAAAGCUGCUGUCCCGCGUGUCCUCGCAGAGGGGAACCUGUCCCGCCAUCUAAGGGAUCGUACAGCACGAGGGCUCGUUGCGCCCAAAGGGCCUCGCUUUUGGCUCCGACCCUCCGAAGCAUGAACGCUGGAGACCUGGGCACACGCCACGAGGUCGGCAGCGCAAACAAGGAGCGGUCCGCCAAGUGCCGGCCGGGCAGGACGUAGCCCAGCGGAGUCCACGCUAUACCCGCAAUCUCCUCCUGGAUACACCGAGGGGCAAGAAACUACGUUUAUAGUCGCCUUUGGAUACCUGGAGGUUGGCAGAGGAGCUCGCUGUUCUGUCCAUUCAGGGGGAGUUUGCACAUGCGGCGCACUGGGGGAUUAAUCUUGAACAUCAAACGCAGGCGUGCGAGUCCAGGAGAAGCGCCGCCGUUUCACAGGGGCUGUUUGUACGACAGCUAUCUCGACAAGGCCCGACUUUGUCAGCCCCCCAACGCUGCGGACAAGUGAACGAACGAGCGAGCGAGCGAGCUGGCCUGCGAUCGUGUUACCGAGGAGUGCAACCGUUCUUCAGGAUGAUGUACAAGGAGAAGGUCUUCCUCCUCUUCCUCACCAGAGUUGGGCUCCUCCUGGGCCGGAGCCCGGGGGUCACGUCCUGCCCUUCCUUGUGCCGCUGCGACGGGACCUUCAUCUACUGCAACGAUCGCGACCUGACCUCUAUUCCGACAGGGAUCCCGCGGGACGCCACUGUCUUGUACCUGCAGAACAACCGCAUCCACAGCGCCGGCAUCCCAGCGGAGCUGCGCGGCCUCACCCGCGUCGAGAAGAUCUACCUGUACUGCAACAACCUGGAUGAGUUCCCCACCAACCUGCCGGUCAGCGUUAAGGAGCUGCACCUCCAGGAGAACAACGUGAGGACUAUAACUCGCUCCUCGCUGGCCCAGAUCCCCAACAUUGAGGAGCUGCACUUGGACGACAACUCCGUGUCGGCCGUCAGCAUCGAAGAGGGGGCCUUCCGUGACAGCAACCACCUCCGCCUGCUCUUCCUGUCUCGCAACCACCUGAACACCAUCCCGACCGGCCUGCCCAGCACCAUCGAGGAGCUGCGCUUCGACGACAACCGCAUCUCCUCCAUCUCCGAGCAGUCUCUCCAGGAACUCAUAAACCUGAAGCGUCUGAUCCUAGACGGCAACUUGCUCAACAACAAGGGCAUCGGCGAGAUGGCCUUCGUGAACCUAAUAAACCUGACGGAGCUCUCGCUGGUACGCAACUCGCUGACGGCCCCGCCGGCCAACCUGCCGGGCACCAGCCUGGAGAAGCUGCAGCUGCAGGACAACCACAUCAAUCGCGUGCCGCCGGGGGCCUUCGCCUUCCUGCGGCAGCUGUACCGCCUCGAUUUGUCCGGCAACAACCUGAGCAGCUUGCCGGUGGGUGUCUUCGACGACCUGGACAACCUGACCCAGCUUCUGCUGCGCAACAAUCCCUGGUACUGCGGCUGCAGAAUGAAGUGGGUGCGGGACUGGCUCCGUUCCCUGCCAUCCAAGGUCAACGUGCGGGGUCUCAUGUGCCAGGGCCCUGAAAAGGUCAAGGGGAUGGCCAUCAAGGAACUGGCUACCGACUUGUUUGACUGCACUGGUGCCGACGCCGCCACCCCGCCUAUGUUCGAGACGAGCACGGCCUCAAACACACUGCCCCCUUCCAGGGGCCAGUGGCCCCCGUUUGUCACCAAGAGGCCCGUGGUUAAGGGGCCCGACCUCAACAAACACUACCGAAGCACCACUCCUUCGGGCGGCAAGAUCAUCACCAUAAGCGUCAAGUCCGCCAGCGCAGAGACCGUUCACAUUUCCUGGAAGGCGUCGCAGCCGAUGACUGCCAUGCGUCUCAGCUGGCUGAAGCUCGGACACAGCCCGGCCUUCGGGUCCAUCACGGAGACCAUCGUUCAGGGCGAGAAGACGGAGUACCUGCUGACCGCACUCGAGCCGGAGUCCUCUUAUCGGAUAUGCAUGGUUCCCAUGGAAACCAGUAAUAUUUACCUCUCGGACGAGACGCCCGUGUGCAUAGAGACGGAAACGGGCUCCCUGAAGCCGCACAACCCCACCACCACCCUGAACAGGGAGCAGGAGAAGGAGCCCUACAAAAACUCGAGCCUGCCGCUGGCCGCCAUCAUCGGCGGGGCCGUCGCGCUCCUGGCCGUCAUCGUGCUGGCGCUCGUGUGCUGGUACGUGCACCGCAACGGCUCGCUCUUCUCCAGGAACUGCACGUACAACAAGGGCCGCCGCCGGAAGGACGACUACGCCGAGGCCGGCACCAAGAAGGACAACUCCAUCCUGGAGAUCAGGGAGACUUCCUUCCAGAUGAUCCCAAUUAACCACGGAGGCGUAUCCAAGGAGGAGUUUGUGAUUCACACCAUCUUCCCGCCCAACGGCCUGAGUCUGUACAAGAGCGCGCACAGCGACAACAGCGGCAGCAACAGGAGCUACAGAGACAGUGGAAUACCAGAUUCGGACCACUCCCACUCGUGAUAGUCAAUGUGCCGCCGAGACUUUUUAUUAUGAACACGUGACUUGAAACCCCAUCGGUCUUUUGCAAAACACUGGAUUAAAAAGACUGAAGAAGCAAUGUUCUGUACAUUUGCCAUAUAAUUUAUAUUUAAGGACUUUUUAUUAAGGGAAAAACAAAAAGGUUUGAAAUUGCAGGCCGUCACUGAGCCACCGCUGUAUGUAGUCAUCAGCUGCAAUUCUAUAUUUUAGAGAUUUGUAGUAAUUUGUACCGUAUUUCCUUUGCUUUAGGUUCCAGACCAAUUAAAAUUUUGUGCUCUACUGAAAUAUGAUGACUUGUCAACUGUGAAAGUGGAUUUUCAUUACUGUGUUGAACAAUCAAAAAUUCGAAAAAGAAACAUUAAAACCUUGUAGUAUAAGCACAGGUAAUUUUUCACUUUGUCAGUAUUGAUAAUGUCGGAAAAUAAACAACGGGGGGUUGGGGGUAAAAGCGACAAGCAUCAUGGGAAAGUAGGCCACGGCAGAUUAAUCCGAAAGCAGAGGAGGGGAUGUUGUGGUGCCGCGAGCAGACGCGAGGCCAAGCGGGCCCCGGGUGCAAGCGCCUUUUACUUUGCCAUUCUGAGACGGGAACGCGAGGAGGUGUCGGCAUUCAUUUCGGCUUUGUUUCACAUGCAAAAAUAAAGAUCUUUGGCCAUGGCGAAGAGGGGGUUUCUGUGGCCUCGUGCGUUUAGGGGGUCACGGGUAUGGGAGCGAAUUAAGCAAACGGCGCCAUUCUAAAGCAGGAGAUGCCGAUGGCGAAAACGUUUAGAGUAAGCGACCGCACGACAUCCUGCGGCGCGGUGCAUCACGUCAUCGUGAACGCUGCCCUCGAAACGCGACUGCUACCCGGGCACAAAAGAAACAAAAUGGUGGGAAGAACAUUCUGGAUUGUGUCAUUUUUUUUGUUGUUUUUAUUAC